GUUUCAUCUGUUUAGAUUCAUGUUAUGUGGGAGGCAUAUUUAAUUUAACAGCCAUGUUAUAAUUUAUGGAACUAUGUUAUAUUGUAUGUAAGGUUCAGCUUCAGUGAUUUCAAAACAAAGCAGUAGCCUCCCUUGAUCAGUGUUUACGAAAUUGCCUCCCUUAGUUUGACAAGGAAGGAUUAUUUCGCAAGUUAAAAAGAUAUUUCAAAAUAGUGUGUGCUUGUGUAAUGCAUUCUGGGAAAAUGGACUUAGAACAGUAACAAGCGUGUUAAAACAACCUGCAUCCAACUGUCAGUUCUACUAAAGUUGCUGGCGCAACGCCAGUUCCGGGUUGAAAAAUUGUCUCCGCCGCCAUGUCUAUUUUUUUUGGAAUGCUGGGAUGUAAAAUUCCUCAUCACGCAUGCGCACUUACGGCAAAUGUAGCUGAAGGCCGUUUGCUGCGAAGAGCACAUGGUGGAAAACGACCGCUAGGUUUCGGCAUUAAAAUUGAGUGACAAGAACCGAGUUCUUUGCAAAAACAUUCAGCCAAGUUUUUAAUUGAGAUAUGCAUUAAUGUUCUGCUAAUUAUUUUCUUCUAUAACAAUGGGGAUCAAAGAUUUGCAAGCCUAUUUGGAAACGCACUGCUCAAGUGCCUGCCUCUCUGUUGACUUGCUAAAAAUAUCCAAAAGUUUUGUACCAAAGAGGCGUGGCAGAGUGCCUGGUUCGAGUAGAUUUUGUUUGAUAGUUGAUGCAGAAAGCUGCCUGGAUAGAUUAUAUGGAGGCUAUUUCUCUGACUGGGUCUGUGGAGGGCAGUGGAAUAGAAUGUUGACCUUCCUGUCCAAUUUACUACAAGCCUGCCAAAUGGCAAAUAUGGAAUUAGUCGUAUUUUUCAAUGGUGCGUUAGAGAGUCAGAAAAUGGAUACAUGGUAUUCAGCACAGCUCAAUCAAAAGAAAAAGGUGAAUAUGGUCCUGCGACACAUUUACAACAGAGGCACGCCUCCUCCAAAAGUCUGGUGGAAUCCACCAAUAUUCCUUAGUGGUGCUUUGCGUUUAGCUCUGCGGCAGCUUGGUAUUGGUGUGGCAAUGUCGAUGGAUGAUCAUGAGCAAGAAGUAAUAGCCUUCUGCCGUGAGCAUGGAUUACAGGGAAUUUUGGGACAGAAUGCAGUUUAUGCAAUAUUUGAUCCGCCACGAUACUUCUCCAACCAGAACCUCAAGUUGACAUACAAAGGCUCCCUAGAAACCAAGGAGUAUGUGAUGGAUGAAAUAGCAAAGUCUUUGGACCUGAAUCCAAACCGAUUCUGCUUGUGUGCAGCAUUAUUAGGAAAUCAUAUCCUUACCGAAGAAGAUCUGUAUGAUUUCUACAAGGAUCUGCUGUCCCGAGCAUCACAGGAUGCUGCUAAAACUAUUAAGCCUAAUCCAGAUAAUGUUAUCCAUGCAGUUGUGGACUAUGUUCGCGGUAUCCCAGAUAUUUCUAACAUGGACUAUGUUGGUGAUGCAGUCUUCAGGGAUUCGGCAAAGGGGAAUAAAUUAGAGUUGAUCUCUAAACUGAAACAGAGUGUGCAGUACUACUUCAAUGGGACAGAAGAGGGCUUCCUUAGAUAUAACCCAAGACCUUCAUUAGGGAACUUCCCUCCACAAAUGGCUCCUAACAAACCAACACAGGACUUUACUGGAUAUGGAACACCAAUGAUGAAUGGAGCAGGUGCUAAUAGAACCAGUCCAGAUGGAGAUGGAAAUAUUCCCGUACCAAAACAGGUGAAGACACAUGUAGGUGGGCGAGAAGUGGAGCUGCCUCAAGUGAGCCCUGAAAUAAUGAGAAUUGCCAGCGAGAGACACCAGAAGGGUAUGAUGUCACCAUGGGUAUAUCAAGUAUUGUCACAGGGUGAAAUUAAAAUGGUGGUGACCCUAGAAGAUGAAAGUGUGAGAGAAGUACCUACAAGCAUGGAUUUGUUCCGCUCCAUCAGAAAAACUGUCUACAGUGUCCUACUUAAUCUUAACAAACUGAAAAUAGUCCACGAGAAUCAGGGUAAUAAAAGAGUGGAUGGAACAGGUGCCGCCCCAAUGACAUUUGAGGUACCAAUCAAGGAAUGGGUCGUACGGAGGGUUGGAAGUCAGAAACCCAGCUUCGACCUUGUGAUGGCCAAGCCAGUUGAGUGGAAGACGCCAAGUAUUGAGAGAAUGUGGCUUGGGCAGCAACCUGAGGAUAAGACGAGGCGAUUAAGAGCUUUCCUGACCGUCAUGCAUAGCGAUACUCCUCUAAUGUUAAACACAAAUUAUGUUCCUCAGCAUCUGUUGAUUCUCAGCUGUGUAUUGAGGUACAUGUUGGAGUUUGGAAGAAUUUUACAAAGGCAGGAAUUGGAUGCUUUCCUAGCAAUGAGUGUAUCUCCUCUACUACAUGAUGUACAAACCAUGCAAGAUUUGAAGCUACCAUCAGUACAACCAAGAGGUGUUGCACUGGCAGCCUUGUUCAUGGCAGGUGUCGAAGUUGCUCAGUUUGCCAAUGAUGUUUGUGGAGCUCCGGUCCCCUGGAAUAUGGUGUGCCCGUGGCAGUUCUUUGAUGGCAAAUUGUUCCAUUUCAAACUAUUGAAAGCUAACAAUAAUACUCCGCUCAUUGACAUGUGUGAUGGCCAGGUAGAGCAGGUGUUGAGAGUGGAGAGAUUGAGACAGGCAAUAAUGGAAAACCUUCAGUUUGAAUUUGCUAAGCCCUUUCUUCCUUCAGCAGCCAUGUAUGCAGGCUAUCCAAUGCCCUAUGGACAGGCUCCAGGAGGUCCGUUCCCAUACAGACCUGCGGGUAUGGGCAGAAUGCCUGGUGGGCCUCCACCGCCACAGGGAGGUCGGGGUAUGGGCAUGGGCUUCAUGGGUCCUCCAGAAAUGGGUCCGCCAAAUCCUGGCCGAGGUAGAGGUAUCCUUGAUAUGAAUAACUCCGAAGGAUAUGAUAGAAGAGGUCGGUCGCCUGUAGAUGGACGAGGUGGUCAGUUGGAGAUAGCUGGGGUUGUUGUUGGAAGCUGGGGUCCAAAUCUAUCUGCUUCAUCGAGGGGUAGAGGAGGGAACCAGAUGCAGCCCAGAGUGAUGUCAGUGGGUGGGCCCAGGAGGGGUGGUGGUCGUGGAAUGUUUUACAGAGGUGGAAUGGGUCCAAGGGGUAUGAGAGGAGGACGAGGCAUGAUGGGAGGCAGGGGUAUGCCAGGUCGGGGAAUGAUGAUGCCUAUGUAUAGAAUGCCAGAGAGACCAUUCUAUGGGCGUAUGGGGCGAGGAUCAGUUAGAGGAAUAAGAAGACCAGCGGUAAAAGCGAGGCCCAAGCCAGGUGGCAAGAAGAAAGCCCCUAAAGGGCGUGGUAUGACUGUAGAAGGCGUGACUAGUGAUAGUUCAGAACAAGUCAAGGCUGAUAAAAGCGGGGAUGACGAAGACGAUGAAAACUUUGAAGAUGCUGAAGACGAUGAGGAGGACGCAAAUACCGGUGCAAUAGGAAAACAACUGAUGCAGAACGGCCUCCAGAGCCCUGAUAGUGGUAUCCAUGGAGACAAGUCUGCAACAGAUCUUACACUCAGUGCUUAAUUGUAGCACACCAUCCGGCCAAUUUUUCGGCCCUAGUCCAAUACCAGAGCAAUUUUGAUUAACAUGAAUAGCGGGCAUUUUUGGGGGAUUGGGUCGUGGGAAUGGGGGAGGGAUACUUGCUUUUAUAUAUCAUGACCUUGGUUUUUACGAUCGAGUAAAAGAAGUGUGUCUUGUUUCAUGGUACAAUGUGUGCAACCAAUAAAUACUGAAAAAGUAUAUGCCAUGGAACUUGUUCUAAAUGUUGGAAAAACGUUAUUAUAACAUUUAAGGAACUAUCGCACAGAGUAGGAGGAUAAAAGAUGCAGAUAGAAGGUGGUUUAAAUGUUACUAAAAAAUGUAACCUUGUCGUGAUAUACUGAAGUGAUAACUUUUUGUAUUUUAAGGGCUUAACGAAAACUGUCUUAAGUUGUGCUUAAAGUUUAGAGGCUCAUGAAUGACAGUUUUGUGUUCAGCCCUUUCAAUAUGCAUCCCAUGUUGAUCAUCACUGCCCUGGAUAUGUGUUCAAAACGGGGAAACAAGCAGCUGUAUGUGAUGCCAGUAUUACCAUAGCAACCAAAUUGUGUUUUUGUUUGGUAACUGUGGUAACGGUUACAGGCCAGAACUGCAGAAAUAGGAUGAAAAGUGCUAAAACUUUACAAAAUAAUCAUUUACAGUUUCUGCAGUCCUGGGUUGUAAAUAUGCAUGGCUGAUGUUGAUUUAUUUUUGAUCAUAUUUUAUACAAAUCUAUUAUUUUUAUACAUUGAUAUUUGUUCAUUAUUUUCUAUGAAGCGGUUUGUUGUUAUCGGGAGAUUUGUGACUUUACACACGCAAGUUGUUUUAACGAUUGUUCACCGAUGGAGUAUUUUUGUCCUAGGGUUUCUGAUUUUCAAUAUCCAAAAUUAUUUCAGAUUAUUUGAAAUGUGAUAUGAAUGUCUGAAAAGUAAUGAAAGUUUAUUGAAGUUCACAGCUAUUUUGAAAUGGAUUUAACUUCGUAAAGAAGAAAAAUCUAUAGAAGCUGUACUGUUAAGUUAUUGCAGAAAAAAACACUGAUUUUUUUUUUUUAUCAGGAAGCAGCACCAGUAAAUAGGAAAGAGACAUGUCUGCUUUAAAUGAAGUGAAAUAAGAGCUGUCAGAAAUUUUUCUGACUAUUGGUCAAAUUUAGAUUGCACUUGUGACUAAUUCAGACUUUUCUGGCUGUAGACUGCAUGCUAAUUAAUACAAGAUAACAUUAUUAUAACAUGAAAGGAAACACCAUGUAGCGUCUUCUGAGAACAUUAGUCAGCUGCUGUGCUGUUUUUAUAGUGAGGAUUUACAUUGAUAAUCAGAUUCCCAGGAGGUAUGUGGGGCAAGUGUUAAGUUUAGGUAAAUGUUAGAAAGUUUAUGUAGAGUACUGAAUGUUUUCAUAUUUUGGGGUAUUAUUUUUGAACAAAAUACAUUUUAGGGGUAGGGGGGAGUGUGAAUAUAUACAGCAGUCUUUGUUGACCUGUCAAGAUUUGACUUGAAUAUUUGAUGUCACAUGGAACUUGGAACCAUGUUAACUACAGGGCACUAGUAUGCCGACGGAUAAAUUUGACUUCGGAUCGUACCUUAAGGUGCGUGUUAGAAAUAACAUUUGAGAGACCAGUUCCAGAGGUUAUAGAACGGAAUUUGGAGACCUGUUUAAAAGUUGUAGCAUCUGAUUGGUCAGUUUAGAGCUUCAUCUUAAAAUUGACCAAUGGUAGUGCUGCAGUCCCCGAGACUGGCACCCAAACUCUUUGUUUUAUAAAGCUGGAGUGUGGUCUAAUGAGAGAAUAGAGAAGCCAUAAAGGCUUAUUGAUGUAUAGAGAUGUCUUUUGCAAUUAAGGAUGUCAGAAUUUCAUCCAUCUUAAUGGAUUUAUCAUUAAAUGAGUGAUUCUAAUGUAGGAGGUGAUGAUAUUGCACUGUUUUUUUAUCUUCAAAUUAGGCAAGAUUUUUGUCAUGCUCUUAAACAUGGUAUGGAGCUGUGUCUGCUCUUCAGUGGAGAAAACAAAUACUUUAGACACACAAGAAAUGUGUCGUAAGAUCUUUCAUAAAAAGGAAAGUAGAAGCAAUUUUAAAUAGGACAAGUGGAUUUUCUGGAUAUGCAUGUUUACUGAUGUUUUAAUUAUUUUCAUUGUUCCCAUUAUUGACUUACCAGUUGUAGCUCCUAUUUCAAAGGAAUAAAGAUAUAUAUAUAUAUGUAUUUAUACAUAGAAAGUGCAACCACACUUUUUGCUAUUUGUGAUGUAACUGCACCCUUGUGUGCAAAAUCAGUGGACAAACAAAAGAAGGGUAAAGGUAAAUUUAAAAGAUUUUUAUUGACUGACCCAAAUAAAAUGGUUAAGUUACUGUAUUCUUGAUAAAAGUGCAAGUUCUGCACCAUUACCAAAGGUGAAUACAUGAAAGUACUUUUUUAAUACAUGUUGCAGGAAAUAUUGCAGUAGGGUAUUACCCCAGUGUCGGUAAUUUUAUGCCAUAUUAUCUUGGCCCAGUCAGUAAUAAAAUUUUUUUGUCCAUUGAUUAAAUCGACAAAUUAUUUUAGUGGGAAGACGCAUAUUUCGUACCUUUACCCAAGUUUAUGUUGUAUAAACUGUAAAAUAGAAAUUGUUUCGUAUAAAUAUGUUUUAAUUUGUUUAUUUUUCCAGUGUUAGGACCCUGUUCUUUUUAUCUAAUUAAAAGAAGUACUUCCUUGAAUAUUUUUAAGAUUAAUUGAAAUUGUUCAUUAAAUUUUUUUUUAUUACAGUCCAAUGGUUAAAUAUAUUCAUGAACAGUUGUGAAAAAUUUAUUAUUUUGUAAUUUCAUGAAAGUUUGAACAUAAAAGACAUUAAUAAAUAAGUUCUUUAAAAUAAUGUAUUAGAAAUAAAUUGGACAGUUAUAUAUAGCACAGGUAUAUUUCUGUAAACAUUACUAUUAUAUUGAUUGUAUAGUUAUUAUCAGCAUUGUUUCUUAAAACAUAGCAUUGCACUAAGUGUCUCAUUGAAUAAAGAUUUUUUUUUUAAGAAUAUGGUAUCCUUGUUAAGUAAAUUUUUUCUCUCUAAUAUUCUUACAAUAUUGCACAAAAUUUAAUAAAGGGCACGCAAUGCUAUGUUUAAAUCAUUGGAAAUAUUUUGUAUUUUAAUCAUACAUAUAGAAAAAAUACAAAAAAAAAUUGUUUUAUGUCAUUUCGAUAAAGUGACAUGUUUUAGUUUGGUUAUUAAAAUUAAGGAAUGUUUAGAUACAAAAUAAAUACCAUAUUUAUUACAGAACAAAUUUAGUCCGAUAACAUAGCAUCUGUCGAAGGUCUGAAAAUCUUGUUUGUCAAAAUUGAAAUGCGUAUUGAGGCUCUGCUAGAAUUUGGUAUAAAUUUGGAGAGUCCAGUAUAUGUGACAGAAGAGUUUAAAAUGUUCUGACAUAGAAUAAGACUGAUAUGAAAUAAACAAUAAUAUACAAUAUUUUGGACGUAAUUUAUCAGUUUCCAGUUUAAAUGCUCAGUAAUAGAUAAAAUUGAAUGUUCUGUUGAAAAUGAUCAAUUAAAGUUUUAAUUUUCAAACGUGAUUUGCAUAUUGAUUUGGUUAAAGAUGGUAUUUAUUUUGAUGUCAUUUUUGGCACAAACUGUGUAUUUUGGUGUUUUUCAAUUUGGGAGAAGAAUAAUUCAUGACUUUUCUAUCAUUAGUGUUUUAGUGUAUCCAAGUUAAAAUGGAAAAAAAAAAAUAUCUUAAAAUUUUCUGGUAAAUCUUUUGAACUUGUAACUUUUACAAACUGUCUAUGCUGCUUAAUUGUCUAGUUAUUUUGUGGUUGCACAGUGUUUUUUGCUUUUCUUAGUAUCCAGUGAAUAUAAACCCAGUCAUUAAUCAUUGUUAUGGAGUGGUGUUAAAUAAUAAACAAUUAGGUCACUUGUUGCUAUGUCUGCACUUGAAAAAUAACAAAGGUCAAACAUGUUUCCAUGGUAAUACGAAGUAGAGGACCAACAUCUGUCAUGAUAACAUGAAGCAGAUGUCAAACAUGUUUUCACAGUAAUCUGAAGCUGAGGUCUAGCAUGUUUCCAUGGUAAUAUGAAGCAGAUGUCUGACAUGUUUCGUGGUAUUAUGAAGCAGAUGUCCGACAUGUUUCCAUGGUAAUAUGAAGCAAUGUCAGACAUGUUUCCGUAGUAAUAUGAAUGCAAGGUCGAACGUUUUCCCCAUGGUAAUAUGAAUUGGAGGUCAAACAGGUUUCAAUCUUGAAGCAGAGGUUUACAUAGUACCAGUAAUAUGAAGCAGAGAUAAGAUGUCUUUCUGCAGUAAUAUGUAGCCGAGGUCAAGUGUGUUUCCAUGGUUGUAUAAAGCAGAAAUAAAAAAUGGUAAUAUGAUGAGGCUUUAAGAAACUUAGUGAAUCAUAGUUUGACUUUAGUGAUUAAAGGUAGUGCUUGCUGUUGCAACCUAAGGAUGUUCUUUAAAUAUCUGCGUCUUAAGAGUUUAUUUUUUCUCAUACAGAAAAAGGUUCUUCAAAUAGUAAGGUGUUUACAAUACUAAAAUUAUCCUUGUACAGAAAAAGAUGCAAUUAUUGAAGCCUACUGUUCAAGUGCAGGCAAGCAGACAUGUAAUUUGAGUAUAUAAGAUGUAACCUUUCUCCUUUUUAAUCUUUCCCUAUGCUUUGUUUAGUUAGUAUUAAGAUACAUUUUGUAUUUUUCUUCAGCCUUUCAUACACUUUAAAUAGUGAUAUGUACACAAAAGUACAAAGAAAGUAGGCAUUUUUCUACGAAAAAAAUGGAUAGGAAAGAAAUGUGCAUCAUAAGGCAUGUGUAUUAAGUUUAUAUGUAUACUUACUGGUAUAUAUUAAAAGAAAUAAUAGUGUUGAGAGAUAACUGAAUGCAUAAUGAUAAAAUUAAAAUGAUCAGUUGUCUCUGGUCUUUAAAUAUAAAAUACAAUGUCAAUUGAAACAAGUGGUAAGAAAUUGUUCAAAAAAAAGAAAGAAAAAAUAUAUAUAUAAGAAUGGAAUUUCUUGAGGUUAGAGCUAGAUUUUGAAGGCCCUAUGGAUAGAGGUAUUGUAUGGAACGGCUGUUAUUUUUUGAUUAAAUGUUGUUUUUGUCAA